AUGGAGGAGUUGAGGAACCGGAUCACUCAUCUGAUGGAGAAUGAGCUUUACAGCUCAGCUGAAAUCCUGGUGCUUCUUGCAGAUGCCCUGUCUGGCAUGAAGGAGUACAAACGGGCACUGGGGAGAGGGCGCGGUAGUCAGCCAGAGCUGCGCGUGAAGGUAGCGCAGUGUUGUACAGAUCUGCUGAUGUACAGUGAUGCCCUGGCUGAGCUCGAAGCCAUUGAGAAGCCAGCCCGCACUCUGAAGGUGCACAGCUCAAUGGCCUGCCUCUACAAGAGGCUGGGCAAGAAAGCAGCAGCGGUGGCUGCCUACCAGGAGUGCUUGCGUCUGUGUCCUUACGCAGUGGAGGCAUUGAAAGCUCUGACAGAGAUGGACUGCUCCCCACCAGAUCUUGUGGCGCUGAUGCCAAAGAGCCAGGCCGAAGGGGCAGCUGAUAGCAGUGAGCGGCAGGCGGACCUGGAGGGAUGCAUACACAUCAUGGUGUGCGGCUACGCGGCGCUCGCAGCGUCGGAUUAUGCGGCAGCAGCGGUGCACUUCACUUCGCUGACCGGACUGCUCCCGGACAACCUGCAUGCGCUGCUGUCUGCCGCGCAAGCGCUGGCCGGCAAGGGCGACACCUCGGCUGCCUUGAGUCUGUAUCUGCGGAGCCGAGCGUUGGACCCGUCAAACGCAGAGGGCAUGGACCGGUACGCGCUGCUGCUGAGGGACCGGGGGGACCGGAGUGAGCUGUCGCGCCUGUGGCAGGAUCUGCGCGGCUGCGCCGGCGGCCGCCCAGAGACGUUUGUCGCCGGGUCCGCCUACUGGGAAGCCAACGGCGACUCCGCACAGGCCAUGCAGAGCGUGCAGGAGGGCCUGGAGCAGUUCCCCAGCGAUCAGCUGCUGAACAUUCAGAGGGGUCAUCUGCUUAUGAGGGGGAAUGACGCGCUGGCGGCCACCAAGUGCUUCAACCUGGCUUUGGGACCCCCCAUCGAGAUGGCGGCCUUCAACGGCCUCGUCGCAGCGUAUCUCCAGCUCAAAUGGCACAAGGAGGCGCUGAGGGUGGCAGAGUCAGCGACCAAGGUGGCGCCGCACAGCGCGCAGGGGCUGGUGCUCAUGGGCAGGGUUCAGGCUGCCAAGGGCUGCCCGCAGGAUGCCCGGCAGUGCUUUGAGAAGGCCGUGCGCUCCGACCCCAAAUGCGCGCAAGCCUCCAUCGCCCUAGCGGACAUUCACCGCAGGGCGGGGCAGCCACAGCAGGCGAUCGAGGUGCUGAAGCAGCAGAUGCUGACAGUGAGCUCAGAGGAGCUGCAGCUGCACCUGGCGCACGCCUACAGGGACUAUGGCAGCGCGGCAGCAUACCCCCAAUACGCUCCCAGCCUGCAGAUGGCCAUGAUGAUGUACCAGGCAGUCCUGUCUCAGAACCCAGGUUGCUCUGACGCCAAGCAGGGCAUCCAGACUUUGGAGCAGGUGCUGUCAGCCGCUCAACGCAGCUCUGUCUACCCACCGCCACCGCCGCCAGGUCCCAUUCCUGAGCACCUCCGCGUCCCUCAACAUGUGCCCAAGCCCGGCACAGCCACCGACGCGACACUGCUCGCACAAGACCCCCCUGCAGCCCCCCUGACAAUCGCAGAGGCGCCUGCAGCUGGGGUGCCUGCAGUGUCACGCUACACCACGCCGGCCGAGGCGGCUGCACCGGCCAGAGCAGCCGUGCCAACGAGCCUGGGUGCUGCCGCGCCGUGGUAUCCAACCCCGGGUCCUGGGAUUUCCGUCUGGAGCCCCCCGGCGGCUGACAGGCUGGCAGCUACGCCACCGCCGCCGGUGCGCAGGAAGGUGACUCCCCAAGGGAGAUUAUGGCGAGAUCUGCCGCCGCCCACGCCAGUGUAG